AUGGAGUUCCAGGAUUUUGAUCCAGCAAUGAUGUACGAAUGGAGAUACAUUUCCAAGUCAGGAUCGUGUAUAAUUAGAGUUCCUGUUUCUAAACCAAUCGUGCGUAGUGAUCCGGCGUGGGGAGCAGUGGAGUAUGUGGACAAUGCAACACUCACCUGCACUGUGAAUAAAGGCACAAAGGUCAUUUAUCAGUGGCUAAAGGAUGGAAAACCCUUAUUGCCAAGCUCUCGUCAUACCUUUUCCUCAGAAAACAAGAUGUUAUUCAUUUCUCCCGUUUUAAAAGACGACCUUAGCAAUUACACAUGUGUGGUGAAGAACCCAAUCAGUAUGAAUGAAAGUGAACCGAUUGCACCAAAUAUUUACUAUGGUCCCUAUGAUCUAAUGGUGAAGUCUGAACCACGAUUCAAAGUUAGUGAAGGAGUGUUCGCUGCUGGCAAAGGAGAGCCAGUCUGGUUUAAAUGUUCAGCAAAUUCCAACCCACCAAAUGUCUACUCAUGGUUUCAGAAAGCUGACAACAAAACAACACCCAUCCAGUGGGGGCCAGUAUUAAAUAUCAAGUCUGAGAAAGUACCCGACAAAGCUGACUACAUGUGCUGUGUCUACAAUAAUAUUACCGGCAAACGGAGUGAAACUCAAUUCACUUUCAUACUCUCUGCUACUGGUCAAGAAAAACAGAAACAAAAAGGAAGUUCACUUCAUUCAUUGGGAAUAAUUGUUGGAUUGUCACUGACUCUGAUUGUCUGUAUAUUUCUUUACUUUCUUCUGAGAAGAUACUUUCCACGAAAAGUUGUUGAAGAAGAACUGUAUCACAGGUCACCAACAGAUUAUAUACAAGCACGCCAAGUAUCAGAGGAACAAGAGCCUCCUAUGGAUGAUUAUGGAAUAUAUGAAUUUGUUGCUGUGCCUGAGCCGGCAGAGUUUCAACAGGUGCGUGUAUUGGCCUGCUCAGCAAAACUGGUUUUACAAGCUUAA